CACGCAACUGGUUGCACCUUCACCGCAACGAUGUACUGCGGCCUCCGAUCAGCUAGGAGCGUGUUUAGCUUAUCUAGUUUUCCUCUUUCUUCGGGUUCUUGCGAUGGCUUUCUUGAUUUUGCACGGCUGACAUCUUUCGAAGGCCAAGGGCCGUAUGUGGCCACUCAGUUCCAAAUAUGUAGUUAUUCGCCGGACUGGAAUGAGCACUGUGACUGUUGGUUCAUGAUGCCCUCAUACUCCGACUUUCGCACCUAUAAAUGUCCUGAAUGCCCCCCACCCCUGCCGGAGACUCUCCACACCCCCGAGUGACCGCCAUGCCUG